AUCGCCAUCUACAGCUUCUCAGUUUACUACCCCACCGUUAUAACCCCCUAUUACCAGAUGCCCGUGCGUGUGACGAAUUCCUCUGUAGCCAAUGAAAUUGCCACAGGGAUGGAUAUUAGGCCCAUAAUAAUUGGAUCGGUUGGCGGUGUUGAUUCGGCUUAUGCACUGGAUUGUGGUUGGCAGCGUCUUGUCGCCUUUGCGAAUCACUGCUGUAUCUCUGUUGUCGAUCUUAAUAAUAGACUGGUCAUCCCGCCUUUUGGUGCGGUUACAGCCGAUCCCGGGAUCGCCGAACCUACAGAAGAACUACUCUCGGAAAUCGAUGAGAUUCCAAUGGAGAAUCCUACGCAGAUCCUGUUUCAUGGUUUUCGCAAGCAGCACAUCAUCCUUGUGUAUCCGCGUGAAGUCGUUUUUUUUGAUAUGGUCUUGUGCCAACCCGUGGGCUCUAUCAGACUGGAGCAGUCCUCCGCGUCCUUCAUGCGGGUGUACGCAUGUCGUCAAGCAGACAUGCUAAUUUGCCUCCACGUCACCGGUGCCAUUACUGUUCACCUCGGCGUGACACCGCCUACACCCGGUCCUAAUCUGGACACUGUGAACUGUGACUUACGUUACACCAAGGUGGGCGAAUCAAAGUCUCUGCGACGUGGUCGAAACUUCCUUCGCAACCACCGCAACUUCGUCUGCGUUUGCAAGGUUUCUACACUGGCUCACCACCGAGUCCUACCGUGUGCACUGUCUGCCCAGCCCACUUUCUAUUACCUCUUUCAAUGUCCUCCCGUCAUCAGUCGCUCAUCGCUAUAG